CUUUGCACUUGCAACAUCAAAUUUAUUUUAAAGAAUUUUUCAAGUCAAAGACUGUUGAAGUUUCAUUGAGAACAUUACAAUUUUCAAGUAUCCUUUGUGAAAAUGUCGAGCUACAAGUUGACCUAUUUCAACAUGACUGGUCGUGCCGAGCCAAUCAGAUACAUGUUGAGUUAUGCAGGAAUUGAUUUUGAAGACAAAAGAGUAAGCUUUGAAGAAUGGUCAUCUCUCAAAGCUGAAAUGCCUUUGGGUCAAAUGCCAGUGUUGGAAAUCGAUGGAAAAAUAUACAAUCAAUCGAAAUCAAUUUAUAUUUAUCUUGGAAAAAAAUUGAAUAUUGCUGGUGAUAAUUAUGAAGAGGAUUAUGAAAUUAAUAAUGCUGUUGAUACCAUGGAUGACUUGAAACACCCAUUGACAACAUGGUAUUUUGAAAAAGAUGCAACAACUAAAGAAACUUUGAAGGAAAAGGCAUUUAGUAAAAUUGAUUUAUUACUUGGAAAACUCGAGGAGACUGUCAAGAAAAAUAAUGGCUACUUUGUUAAUGGAAAACUUACCUGGGCUGAUUUGGCAUUCACUGCGUACAAUGAUUUUCUAUCAAAUAUCACUGGAAAAAAUAUCAUCACAAAUUAUCCAGAGUUACAAAAACUUGUCAAGAAAAUUGCAGAAAUUCCAAAAAUCAAAGCUUAUCUUUCAAAACGUCCAGUAACUCAAGUUUAA